GGCUGCGACGAACGGGCGCACGCUUGUCGUUACUACGUAACUGAAUAAAAAUUGUGACCUAUCAUAGUGUAUGUGACGUGAUAGUGCCCGCAUGCGUUCGGAAUUGACCCCCAUUGGCUUGUGACCGAUCGAGGUUUGUGACUUGUGUUGUGCUUGCGUGCAUGUGAAUUACGUUUGUGCAUCGUACACUACCCCCGAUGUAACCUUAAAGACAAACUAAGUCGUCAUCAUCGACCAGAACUCAAAAUGUCGUCAAAGACUUCGUUAAGAAAAACGAAGCCGGGUAUGCAUCGAGGGCUUAAGUGAAGGCUUAAUAAGAAAAAUAAAAAUGUCAAUAAAAGCCAGCGUGGGUUAAGCUAAAAGAGAAAAUGGCCAACAAAGGUUUCGGCGAGGUGAUCGGCCUUUUCCUGGCUGUGGCGUUCUGUAUUACGUGCCCGGAAUAUGUAUCGUCAGCACAAAGGGAACUUGGCAAGGGGUCGCCGACGAACACGUCAGCGACUUCACCACCAGCUGCAGAUAACGUGAUUAGAUCGGGGGUCGUGGUAGAUACACCAAGACCGACCCCUCGCACAGGACCAUACUUCGACUUAGCGGCUUCAAAGAAUGUCACCGCAUUACUUGGCAAGACCGCUUACUUGAACUGCCGGGUGAAAAACUUGGGAAAUAAAACUCUCAACAUGCAGGUGUCAUGGGUGAGACACCGGGACAUCCACCUUCUGACGGUGGGACGUUACACUUACACAAGUGAUCAGAGGUUUCGAGCGAUACACCUGCCUCAUUCGGAAGAUUGGACUUUACAGAUAAAAUACCCACAACACAGAGAUUCUGGUAUCUACGAGUGUCAAAUUUCAACGACCCCACAUAUGAGCCAUUUUAUACACCUAAACGUCGUUGAACCAACAACGGAAAUAAUAGGCGGUCCAGACCUGUAUAUCGAUCGGGGCAGCACUAUCAACUUAACAUGCGUGGUGCUCUACUCUCCCGAACCGCCCGCCUACAUAUUCUGGAACCAUAACGAUGCGAUAAUAAGCUAUGAUUCGCCAAGGGGUGGUGUCUCUGUAGUGACAGAGAAAGGUGAAACGACUACCUCAUUCCUGCUCAUCCAGCAAGCGAGACCCUCAGACUCAGGGAACUAUCAGUGUAAUCCGAGCAACGCUCAAUCCAAGAGCGUCGUGGUACACGUACUGAAUGAAGCAAAUUCGAUUUUCCCUUUGUCAGGUGAGUACCCAGCAGCGAUGCAGCGAGGAGGUCAAGCUUUUGCACCGACGUCAACCCAUUGCAUCGUAUUGGCAACGAGUAUUUUCUUAGCAUUAUCUUGACACAUACAAACAUACGUAUCCGUGUAAAUAGAAUUCCGAUCUAUUUCGCUGUUUAUAAUGAUGCUUGUGAUAAUUAGACGAUUACCAUGAUUUUAUAUUUAAAAAUCUUUAACUUUUUAACACUUUGGUAAUGUGACCACGCAAAAUGAAUGAUCUGGCUCUAAAUAAAACAAAAGUUUAAUUCUAUAGACAAGUAGAGUUAUUUUCUAAGAACGUACUCGAAAUUUUACGCAUCGUACGAACGCCAAACGCCAAAAAGUAAUAAGAGUUAUUGACUAUAAAUAUAAUAACACUUAAUUCAAAAGACACAUGUAUCAAAAUUGCGUAUCAUGAAUCGUGAUAUAUCACUAGUGAAAUUCGAAGUAUGUUCUUACAGAAUGACACUGAAGGCAUUAGUCGUAAUAAUGUCAAUGAUAUUCUUAUAGUUGUAUCUUGUAAUACUUGCGUGAUCAUUUUAAAUAUAAAUAUCAAUAUCAAUAUAAGCAGCAGAAUAGUUGUGCUAUUUUAUAGUGUGGGUUGUGUUAUAUACUAUAUAAAAUUUAAUGAAUCUAAUCUGAGCAAGUAGAGAUGCUUGUUUCUUAUAGAGCUGUAUAUAUUAUGUAUUUUAAGAUUAACGUAUUUAUUUUAAUUAUAAAGUAUGAGACAGCUAUGUUUUUUUUUCUAAUGUUUAUAUGUCUCUGCUUACGGUUCGAAUGUAGAUAGGUUGUUUAAGUAAUUAAAAUUAUUGCUUUAA